GGGGAUAGUGGAACACUAGGCAUUCUUUAGGACUCUGCCCCUAAGAGACACCCUCCCCCCACCUCUACUCUCUUCACAUAGAUCUCUGCUUCUAGUCAUCCCUCAGUUAUUAUCCUUGUUAUUGGGGGCUUGCCCCCAAGGGUGCCCAAGACCCCAAAUCCUGUGGAAUCCAAAUUGGGGCACAAACAUGGCAAAGGAUUAUCAAGACCUUCAGCAUCUGGAGAGCGAAGACAAUGGCCAUCAGUUCAGUAAAGGGUCUUCUUCACCUCAGACUAUUCUCCAGCGUCUCUGCCCUCCUAACCGCCUUCUCCUGAUCUCCUUGGGAAUCAGCUUCCUAUUGGUAGUGAUCAUCUCUGUGUUGGGAUCUAAAAAUACUCAACUUCAGAGAGAUCUACAGACACUAAAAGAAACUUUCACCAAUUUCUCAGAGAAGAUGGUGUCAGAGAUCCAAGUAUUAAAUAGCCAAGGAAGCAGUAUGAGCGAAAAGGUGAAAUCUCUGGAGGCUAAGCUACAGAAGCAUCAAAAAGACAGGGAUGAAGAUUUCUCGAAUUUCCUCUUCCAUGAGCAGCGCAUUUCAGCAGAUCUUCGAACGCUAAGUUGUCAGAUGACAAUACUCCAAAGCAAUGGUACCAGCUACAAGAUCUGUUGCCCUCUUAACUGGUUGGAGUUUGAGGAGAGCUGCUACUGGUUUUCUCGUACUGGGAAAUCCUGGACUGAGGCUGAGAAAUACUGUCAGAUGGAGAAUUCACACCUAGUUGUCAUAAACUCUUGGAGUGAACAAAACUUUGUUAGUCAUUAUACCUCACCUGCAUUUGCCUGGAUAGGCCUUACUGAUGCAGAAGGCACCUGGAAAUGGGUAGAUGGGACAAGCUAUGAGUCUAACAUCAGGAAUUGGAUGCCAUCCCAGCCAGACAACUGGUAUGGGCAUGGGCUAGGAGGAGGUGAGGACUGUGCCCACUUGCACUCUGAUGGAGGUUGGAAUGAUGAUGUCUGCCAGCGUCCCUAUCGCUGGGUCUGUGAGAUGGAAAUCAAAAAGACUACCUAGGAGUUCUGCAGGAAAAUACACCAUUUCCAUCCUGGAAUCUUCUCGGAGCAGCCUAGAAACGAGGGAUAUAAUCCAGAAUUACUAAGAUCUUCUAAAAAUCACCCUUAGAAGUGAUUGUGCUUUAAGUAAUACUGCAGUAUCAGAUUUCCUGGGAAUCUUUCCAAUUCACUAGAGCCUCUUUGGAAGAUUAUAGAUAGAGUUCAUGUGUUAGAGGUCAAAUAGGAAUUAAAAUGAAUUCUCCAAA